AUGGCCCACAGUCAUCGCUUAACUUACCGUAGGAAACAUAGAAAUCAAGCUCAAGAAAUCAUUGAUACCAUAUCAUUUGUAUGCGAAGACUUUGUUGAGCUUAGGCCUGCUAUGAACAAUAAUAUCGCGCAAUUCUAUAAACCUGAAAGCUAUGAAUCUAUGUCGACAAUGUGUGAAAAGUAUAAUCGAGCAAUAGAUGGUAUUCGACAAUUGGUUUAUGGUGAAACGUCUUUUAGCUUAAUGACCCAAAUACUUAAAAUUUUAAAUCCUACUCCAGAUGAUGUAUUUAUUGAUUUAGGAAGCGGUGUCGGCCAGGCAGUCUUACAAGCAGCUGCAUCUACAAAUUGCAAAGAAUGUUGGGGUAUAGAAAAAGCAGACAUCCCAGCCAAAUUCGCUAAAGAAAUAGAUAAAAGUUUUAGAAAAUGGAUGAAAUGGUUUGGUAAAAGCUUCUGUAAAUACCAGUUGGUGAAAGGAGAUUUUUUGGCACCCGAAUAUGAAGGGCUCAUUCCCAAAUGCACAUUAAUUUUCGUGAAUAAUUUUGCAUUCGGUCCCGCUGUUGACCAUCAACUAAAACAAAUAUUUGCUAAUUUAGUUGAAGGUGCUAAAAUAGUAUCAUCGAGAGAAUUUAUGCCCCUAAAUUUUAGAAUUAGUUCAAGAAAUUUAUCCGAUAUUGGUAGUAUGAUGCGCAUAGAAGAACUAGCUUCUCUAAGGGGUGGAGUAUCUUGGACUGGCAAACCCGUGAAGUAUUACUUACACACUGUUGAUUCCACAGCGGAGAAUAACCAAACUGAGAAUUUAUCAAGUAACGGCGCAAAGUCCACCUUGUCAAACUUUAUUGACGAUGAAGGUGUUGACGAUGUUACAGUAUUUGAAUCUGGAAAUGCAAAUAUUUCUUUUAAUUCAAUAAAGACGAGCAGAACUUGCGAAAAUAGACAAGAAAAGUCUCAAAAGAGUUUGCUUGAUAUACAGAAAAUUCCAGUUCUAAAUGAACGAAACAGUGAAAUUAGCAAAAUAAAGAAAAGGAAAAAACAGCAUUCUCAAUUCAGCAUUAUGGAUGCCAAAUUGAAAGCAGGCGUCGCUUCCACCGAUAAUGAUUCAGAAUACAACAAUCUAAAUGAGAAAGUAAUAAAAAAACUGAAGAAACAUCAGGGAAUCAAGCUUAAAAAGAAGGAGAAAAAAAUAAAGAGUAAUUCGAUAAAAGAGGCACUUACUUCAACAGCUGACGCGGAAGAAUUAAUAAAUAACCAAAAGAACCGUAAAACUAUAAAAGCAAAGAUCUCUAGCAAACUUGGAAAAUCUAAAAAGCGGCAAAAAAAUGCCACGGAAGGAAGUGUUACCAAAAAUGAACAGCUGCUCUACAAUUCGUCAGGCAUACAAAACGUCCAUUCAGAUAACGUGGCCACGUUAUCUAAGGAUGUGCAAUAUAGUGGAAACCACGGAGCCAUGCCUCGUAGUUUAUUAAAUAAAAUCACUCACGUUAACAAGCAUCACCAUCAGGCCCUAGCUGGUUACGAUCAAAUUUUAACGUCAAUUGCACAAAAUGUAACAUUACCGGAAUUUCAGCAGCAACUCAAACACGAGCAUGAUUCGUUGUUGCAACAAGAAUCUGAGCUAACUAAGCAUUUGAAAUGGUUAAAAAGUGAAAACCGUAGCUUACUUGAUACAAAUGCUCGCCUCGCUGACAAAGCCUUAAAAGAGUUUAAUGAAAUUAAGGCAAUCGUUGGCCCCAACGUAGGAGAAAUUUCUACUUUUGAGCCGUUUAAAAUAAAUCAACUUUUAUCGAUAACCAAAGAUUCAACCAAUUUACCGUUUAACAUCAACAGAGAAGGGAGACAAAAUAAGAUAUCAACUUCAAGUGAUUUAUCAUGCACACAAAAAACCAAUCAUUCUGUCAUUGUUAAUGGAACAUCAUCGCCAAGGAGUGAAGUACAGGUUGAUUAUGAAGUAAAUAAUUUACACCCUGAGGAAUCACAAACGAUCCAGAAAAUGAAGAUGUCUGAUUAUCCAGAUCCCAAUACUUUUAAAGCUAAUGUAAAUACAAAUUUGCUAGAUAAUUGUGAGCAGUUGGGAGCAAAGUCAGAACCUUUUGACUCUAAACAGCAAGAAAAAGCUUCUGUAAAUGAUUCAGAAUUGAAACUUCAAAGUGGUUACAGAAAUCACUGUUACGAUGUCAAAAUUGCAAAUGGCAUAAAUGUAUCGAAUGGGACAACUGAAUUAGAUAGCAACCAUUAUAAUGAAUGUACAGAAUUGAAAACACAACAUAAAUCAGUAUUGAUGAAUCAUAAAACCCCUGUUGGUAAUAAUGGAAUAACAGAAAAUGGAUUUACUACGGUUAAAAGUUGUAUCGAUUAG